GUUCCCUUUGCAGAUUAUGAGAUUAGGGAGCGAUGGGAGGGAAAUCAGCCGUAGGGUUGGAGACACUUUGGCUACGCCCCAUAAGCUUGUUGGCGAAAGAAUCCUAGGGGCGCAAGAUUCUUUUAAACUCCUGGGAAUGCUGGCAGGUGUCUUCUCCAUCAAAAGAAAUACAGUAACAGGGCUAUGGGUGGGACUUUCAGCUUCAAUCUCUCUGUAGUUGUAUGGGUUGGACCCAAACCGUCAUUCUUUGGAGCAGAGCCAUUUAAAACAGAAGGGCUUAAGUUAGUCAAAACAUAUGUGCAAGCACGGUUUUUCCCUACUAGUAUGGGGUGAGUAGAAACUACCUUCACCACUUAAAUGUGUUCACUCACCACCUACUACCAGCUGUCCGUGAGAAGUAUUCCAGGGAAGACAAGGAGGCAAAUGUUACUGCCCCUCCCGCUCUGUGGGAAUUCUAGAUGUCUAGUUACAAGUGAAAUUUGUGUAUUGUGCUGUGUGUGGGCGGGGGGGGGUUAAGUGUUUGGAUGUUAAUUGAAGCCAUCUUGGAAGUAAGUCUAGAAAGAUGGGAUAUAAAUAAUGGCAAUAAAUAAAGUCCGUUGAUUCCAGUGGGUCUAUUCUACACAUGUAUAAGCCUGGAAACAAACUCCAUAUUUGUGGCUGAUUUCAAAGAAACAUUAAUAAGAAGCAUUUAUACUGGGGGCAGACUCAAUGGAAUCUUAGAAAAGUGUUUAGAAAGCAUAUACUCACCCAAAACAAUUUUUAAAUAAAAGGACAAAGCCAGCAGUGGUUAUAGGGUAAUACCCUGUAACAUCCAGGCAAAUAACUUAGUUUUCAUGUUUAAUACCUCAGACUAGAUUUGCUGCUGAAUCCUUUUGCCUUUAUAGAUGAUAUUUUUAAAAGCCAUCCCUUUCUUACUGUUUCCUCUGUUACUUUUUUAUUUUCUUCAGCUACAGCAUGGGUUUUUUUUUCCUUUUGGCUAACCUUUUGCCUAAUUGUGAUACCCUCUGCUUCUAAAAAGAUAUGAUGUGAUUACAUUUAAUCAUUGUUUGGUUUCUCAAAUGGUUUCAUUUUGUGUUUGACCUCUUUUCUUCAUGUUUAAAACUCAUCAUAGCUUUGCUUCCACUUCCCUAAUUCCAGCCUGUUUUAGAAUCUCUGCUGGUUUUUCCAUACCCACUUUGUUCUCAAGGAUACUUCUAGGUUUCUCUUUUCUUACAUUACAAAUCUGUUUGGAGUCAGAGAACUUUUUUUAUCAGCAAAGUGCCAAUGAGAUGCCAGGCUUUCUAUAUAUCUGUAGCUAUGGAGCAAAGAUCCGUGCCCCCCAUGCUUUGGUGAUGACAUUUCUCUUUAGGAGUGGAAGUUUAAGAGAGAAAUUGAAAGCAAUUGCUUGGGCCACCUACACUCAUUCCAGAAACCUGGCAUACUUCGUAUUCACAUAUAAGGGUCUGAUGGCCCUACAGUCACAAAUACAGAGAAAGAAAAUUCCGAUUCAUUCUUUCCUUGCAGCCUGUAUUGGGGGCUGGUUAGUGUUUGGGGAAAAUAAUAAUAUUAACAGCCAGAUAAAUAUGUACCUGUUGUCUCGAAUCCUGUUUGGCUUAUCCCGACUGGCAGUGGAGAAAGGUUACAUCCCAGAGCCAAAGCAAGAUCCUUUCCCACUUUUUGCAGCUCUGGUUUGGGGCAUUGUUCUCUGGCUUUUUGAGUAUCACCGACACACUCUACAGCCUUCGUUGCAAUCAUCCAUGACCUACCUGUAUGAUGACAGUAAUGUCUGGCAUGAUGUUUCUGACUUUCUUGUGUAUAACAAAAGACCUGCUACUAAGUAGACUUCAAAGAUAUUUGGAUAAUGGCACAUUCCAACAGCAGGGCAUAAAUGUUUUUAUCUGAACAAAUUAGUGAAAAGUUACUAUUGUGAACAUUGGGUGUGAAUCUCUACUUGUGUCUGGUAACAAUUUUCUCUGUAGAGCUGCUGAUUUCUGUUGGUUCAGAGCUUGAAAGAAGGCCAUAUUGCAAGCAAAACGUUUUGUCAAAUGUCCCUCUUCUCUGUGAGAGACCUCAUUUCCUUUUCUACACUAACAGCUGUAGAAUUGCUUCGGGGGUGGGAAAACAAGCUAUAAAUGCACUGGUCUAAAAACUUAAAGCAUUACAUUGGAUAUAUCUUAUGUAAUGUUGAAAUAGCAGAUGGCACAAGUAACUUUCUAGCUGCUUAUAUGUGCUAAUUCUUUCACCACUCCUUUGCAAGUUUAGGUCUACAAAUUUGCUAUCUGGAAUAUGCUGGGAGUUGCUGGGAGUUAUAGGCUUUUUUCCAAUCUAAACCUGCAUAGGAUUGCACUUUUUCUUUAUUAGUAUCAGAAAAAUAAGUUAAUUUUAUCCAAAUUUGCUAAUUUUAUGCAGGGCUUAACUAUAGGAUUUUUGGAAACAAUAAUUUUGUUGUUUAUUGCCUUUUCCUAUAUACCCCAAAACCAGUAAAGAUGCAUUUAUGAAUAAUAUGUUUAAAUAUUUUUAAAAGUUCACAGAGAGACAGUUUACUAAGGACAUGAUAUGCAUUCAGCAUUGUGACAGGUGCUUUUAAGCAUACUAUAAUCUCCAUCUUAUUAAAAAUACUCAGGAUUCAUUGGAUAUAAAUUAUGGAUUACAUUGGGGUAUCUUUUCAGGUUGAUGAGUGAAGGCAGUAGAGAGAAGGAUGAAAUAUAGGAAUGGUGCCAAAUAGAUAACAUACUCUUCUUAUGAUACCUUCAGCAUUUGUGGGGUAAAUACCUGAACAGGGGUUUUUGGCCCAACCUCUUCUACCUAGAACCAUUCAUAACUGCAACUAUGGCUGCAGUUGGUAAACUCUGAUAAUACUGUGGGCAGGUGAAUCUUCGAUUAGAAUGCAAUCAGUUAUCUGGUGUUAUAGAAACAAAAGUGCUAAGUGAUAUGGUUAGGGUAUCAUAUUAACAGAAUUUUUUAAUGCAAAGAAAGAUAGCAGGUGAGUACAAACCAGUUAACAUUAGGAGCGUGCAGAGUGGUCAUCUGAACUAACUACAGCAGGCCUUACUGCACUAUCCUUGUUUUCUAAGAACAGAAAAAUGGGCUUGAAAAGGUAAGAGAGGAUCUUGCAGAAGCUCCUUUUCAUAGGAAGCCCCAAAAUGUCAGUUUUUGACUUUGUCCCUUCACCUCUGUACAUCAGUUGUAGUAGGCAGAUGUAUGACAUUAUGUCUGCAUAUACACACAACAAACCUGAAGCGGCUGGCUUUAUGAAUUAAGCUGUCUGACUGCAAUCCUCAUGCUACUUUAGAAGAAUCAAUAGGUUUGAUUCUUUUGAAUGAAUCAAUGAGUUCAAUAGGUUUAAAUGCUGCUGGGGAAAAUAGAUUCUAUAAGAACUUCACCAAGGCAUUUUUAUUUGGGAGGAACAAAUGUGCUUCCUUGUGUGUACCUUAGGCAUGGAUUGUUAGUGGAGUAUACAUGGAUAACAGGAAAAUGCUGGUUAAUGCACCAGGAAAAAUAUGAUGGUUUAUGAAAUACUGUUCUGGUUUACUUUACUGUUCGGGAUGUUGUCUUUGAUAUUUUUAUGAUCACUAAUUAGCAUUUGCUGGUUUAUUAUUUUCCUGGGAGCUAUUGAAGUGUUUACCCUAGAGGGGCACAACAUUUAUAUGCAUUUGUUAUUCUUUUGUCACAUUCUUCUUUCUUCGUUAUUCAUGUAUCAUCUAUUUUUGAGCAUCUGUCUUGAUCAGAUUAUAUGUGAACAACUAUCUUCUGUUCUGCAAGUUAUCAACAACCCAUGCAAACUACAACUUCUACCACCAAACUGUCAUGUCAUAAAAUGCAUCUGAAAGGACAAAUACACAAACUGUGUCAGAACAUUACUGAUAAUUUUAGACAGUGGCAUUCAUCUCAGGUGUCUUCCAUGUCUCAGUAGCUAAUUUUGUGCAAUGGCAUUAUCUUCAUGCACUCUCUCUAAAUGAUAAGACAGUAGUUGUUGCCAGCUAGAGUUUUUAGUAUGAUCUUAACAGUACCUGCAGUAUAUUUUCUUAAUUUCCUUAUAUCUGCUGCCCCACUAUCCCCAAGUUUCUAUUCCCAGUAAUGCCAAGCUUUUCUAGCAAACUGUCUGAGAUUCUUAACUGUCUGCAAUUCACAGAACACAAAACUGCCAUAAAACAAACCAAACUCUGAUCCCACCACAGCAGCACCCUUUACAUAUCUGUCUGUGGCAAUUAACUGUGCUUUUUAAAGAUUGCUUUCCCGCUGUGUAAGGGUAGAAUGCUAUGCUACAAAGUCAGUCAAUUUCCCAGGGAGGUAGCUGGAAUAAUUUUCAACAACAUUUAACAUCCACCACUGUUCCAAUAGCCUGAUAGGCGAGGUUGAAUCCCUUCUGCCACUAAUGUGCCUGAACAAUACCAGUGUGUGCUAGGGAAGUGAACUAGAAGUAAUGGGCCUGUCUGAAGACUCUUGGAGACGUAGGUUCCAUUCCUCACUCUUGCAGAUCAUAUUGUUUGGCUAGCUAAGUGUUCUGUUUGGUUUUCAUGCUAAUAAGAAGGAAGCAUAAACAGAAAUAAGGAGACCGUUUGACAAUCCACCUCCCAAGCAGCCCAUCACAUCAAUACCAAGCAAGUCCAAACCAUCCCCACUCUAAAGAUCAAAACAGACUUGUAUAUGAGCUGUGUUUACAACUGGCCAACAGUGGCAGCUUAUUGAGGGCUUAGCUCUUUUGUGUUUUGUUCAACAGGAGAUCUUGGUUCCCAAUGCUGAGGAACUAUCCAUCCCUAGCUGAUUUGCCAUGACUCCAUUGUGCUUGACUAACAUUGUUUCUCGAAAGUGGUGAAAUAGUACAAGGAACAUCUAGAAAUGCCAUUCAGGCUACUUAAAUUAUAUACUUCAAGGUAGGAAGCAAAUGGAAAGAGAAUGGAAAUGCAUAAAUAGCUGCACCAACUCAGUGUUUAGGAAAAUAUAAUUAUGUUGAACUUAAAUUGCAAGUCUCAAAUUAUCUUAAAUCUUUUAUCAUCUUUAUUAAUUCAGAUAUUCUACAAAAUCUGAUUACAAGAUAGACCAUAGUAAGGUCCCUUUUCUUUUUGAAGCAUAACUUUUUUUUGGUAAAUGCUUUUUAGAAUAACCUUCCUAACAUAUGCCUGCAAAUCUUUAUGUUAGGGUUACACGUAUAUAUGUUAUAUGUAAGAGUAACUAAUUCAAUAGAAUGCUGCCAAGAGCCUUUUAGUGCCUUUCUGAUAUACAUGCACAUUCAUUUGGGUGAACUUUUUCCUUACAUGUUAUUACUGUUUUCUAAAAUUUUGAGAAUGGCAAACAGUUAAUAGUCACUUUACACAUUACUCUACCUACUCUAAUGCUUGGGGUUGUGGGGAGGAAAAUAGAUACCUAAGCUGUGCUAUAUGCAUGCAUCUUAUUUUCCCAUUAAUAUGUGCAUUAGGAACCAACUGCCAAAUACACCUCCUUGAUAGAUGCAAUCUCUUUGUAUAAUACCAUGUAUUUGAUUCCUUUGCAUUCAUGUAGGAAAUAUGUCAUGUGUAAAGUUGCCCUAAAAUUGUCAGCUGAAGCUUUUAAAUGAAAUGCUCUGCCAUGAAAAACUGUAUUUCAACAAUGUGAACGCAGGCUUCUCUUUUCAAAAAUUUGCUGGACACUUAAUUGUGCUUUUCGAUUUUUGCAUACAAGAAAUAUCAAUUGCUCUGUACAGAAAAUACAGGCACUGACUAUCUUCCCUAGGUUUAUUGUGCUUAUUUGCUACCUUCCUUAUGGUGAAACCAGGCCUAUGCUGUUCCAUGUGUGCUGCUUUAUUUUUAUAGCAGAUACCAGAUCAAAAGACACCUAUAACAGAUGAAUCCCAACUAUACCCUCUUAAGCCAUAAUUUUCUAAAGCUGUAGAGAUCAUAGAAGCAAUUCUUCCUGGGACAGUUAUACCAGUUAUAUCCAAAAAAGGAUAUGUAGUAAGUGUUAGGUUUCUGACUUUAUAAAAUGAAGCUCAUCUUGAAAAUUAUCUAAAACUUUAAACCCUAUUAUUUCCAAGUAUAAGGACAUACACAGAGACUAUUGAAUAUUUGGCACUGGAAGAACAAAAGUUUCCCGAAGAUAAUACAACUGAUCGUUGUUAAGGAUUAAAACCUUGACCUGAGUUUUGUGGCAAUACCAGAUCUGGAGAAACAUACAGUUAACAUUAUAGUUAACAAUUUUGAUCAGAUUAUUUCAUAUGAAGGCAUAUGUGCUCAUAAUAUAGUAGAAAAUUUAAAUUGCUAGCUAGUAAGACCUAGCAGCUGAAGCAGCUGGCACAUACUAUGUGUUUGACAGUGGAAUAGGAGAAACAAAGUGAAUUAGAAAGGUCUGCUUUGUGAUGCUUUUUUUGUAUUAUGUAUGAGGGGUUUUUUCCCCAUCAUUUUACCUUAAUCUGGAUGGAAACAUGCAGCUUGUAGAUUCUUGUAUGAGAACUGAGAAUACCUGUUUUUAUUUUGAAUGUAUGUUUCUGCCCUUACAGCUACAAAGAUAUAUUUACAAAUGAGGAAAGCACUAAAGGAUUGGCUGCAAAAGGUGAUUUUAAAAGAAGCCUGAAUUCCUUAUUUUUCUAGAUGUCUUAUAUCAACACUUGAUGGAUUUUAAGCUUUUCACACUAAAAGAACAAUUGCAGAAAAAGGGUAUUGUACAAAUGUGAUAUAUCUGUCAUCUGUAAUUUGGCAUCUGCCAUCUUCAUUAAAAUGAUAUGCAAAUUACGUUGAGCAAUUAAAUAUGCAUAUUAGUUA